CUUGGCAUACGAAAGAAGCGAGGAAAGCAUAGGAAAAGAGAAGCACAUUCCGUUCGGGCUGUGAGGUUCUGCGCGUGCUGAUCUCCUCUGUUUGUGUUCGGGGGCGGGGGGAUUAUCCUUGCGCACUUUGGGUUUUCCGGUGUUCUUAAGAAGGAGGGAGAUGGCUCGGGUUCCUUCCUUCCUGAUGGUCGUCGUGGCCCUCGUGUCCGCUAUCGUGCUGGUGCCCGCCGUCCGGGCACAGUCUCCGGCGCCGGCGCCUGCUCCCACCAGCGACGGGGUGGCGAUCGACCAAGGGAUUGCUUAUGUGCUGAUGCUGGCUGCCUUACUCCUCACCUAUCUCAUCCAUCCUCUGGAUGCAGCCUCCGCCUCUGACAAGCUCUUCUGAGUCGACAUACAUCCAUCGAUGCUUCCUCUGAAAAGUCUGAAAUGGGCGUGCUUUUUCUUUUCCGUUUUGAGUCGAGAUGAUGGGGUGUGAUGUGAUUUGGGCCCCCCAUUCUGUUUGGGCUGUGUGGACUAAUAUGAUCUAUUCAUUAUAUGAUCUAUUCAUUAUAUGAUCUAUUCUUUUUAUUUUAUUUUAUUCCUUUUACUGGGAGCUUGACGGCUACGCAAUGCUUUGUUUGCCGUGGAAGCUGGAAGCAGUCGGGCAUACCUGGGACUUCCACGUAGAAAAUAAAUA